AUGGAUCGUAUGUGGAUGUAUAAUAGGAAUAAUAGUGGUCGUGUUGGUGUGAAUGAUGAAUUUGUUGAAGGUGUUAAAGGGUUUAUUACACAUGCAAUGUCACUUGACCUUUUUCAAAGUGAGGGGUUAAUUAGGUGUCUUUGUUCGAUUUGCAAGUGUAUGAGGUUUAACAAUCCGAAUACAGUUAUGGUUCAUUUAUGUCGCAAAGGGUUUAAGGAUAAAUAUUUAGUUUGGACUGAUCAUGGAGAGAUUGAUGGGGUCAAUGGUAUAUAUUAUAAUUUAGUUGUUGGUGAAAGUAGUAGAUCGCAGGAAAACCAUCAUGUCCAAUAUGAUAGAGUCAAUGAUAUGGUCAAUGAUGCUUUUGGGGUACAUUCUGGGUUUGAGCCUGAACAAAAUUAUGAGCAACCUCCCAAUGAAGAAGCAAUGCGCUUCUAUCAAGAAUUAGAAGAGGCUAGUCAUCCACUUUGGGUAGGGUGUGCACAUUCUAAGUUGUCCAUUGCAGUUAGAAUGAUUAAUAUCAAAGCAGAUUGGAGUGUUGCUGAAGCUGCUAUGGACUCUAUGAUUAAGUUUGUAGGGGAACUAGUUAGUUCGGAAUACGACAUACCUAAAAAUUACUAUCAGGCCAAGAGAUUGGUUUCCAAGUUAGGAUUGUCAUAUGACAGGAUUCAUUGUUGUUCAAAUGGUUGUAUAUUGUUCUAUAAGGAAGAUGCUGAUUUAAAUGAAUGUAAAUUUUGUGGACAUGCUCGGUUUAGGUGGGCUCCUUGUGGGAAGAUGGUUCCAAUUAAGUCGAUGCAUUAUUUACCACCUAGACCUAGGUUAAAGAGUGAACCAAGGAACAUCCGUUUGGGUUUGUGUGCGGAUGGUUUCACACCUUUCUUUGUCUCUGCUACACCCUAUUCUUGCUGGCCUGUAUUUCUUACUCCAUAUAAUCUUCCGCCUGAGAUGUGUAUGACAAGUCCCUACAUUUUCCUAAAUACAGUUAUCUCUGGUCCUCGUAAUCCAAAAAUUUUGAUUGAUGUUUCUCUACAACCUUUGAUUGAUGAGUUAAAACAGUUAUGGUGCGAAGGUGUAGUGACAUAUGAUGUAUCAACUAAGUCAAUUUUUAUCUUGCGUGCUUCUUUAAUGUGGAUUGUUAACGAUUUUUCUGCGUAUGGGAUGUUGUCUGGUUGGAUGACUGCUGGAAAGCUAGCUUGUCCUCAUUGCAUGGAAAAUAGUCAUUUUGAACAAGAAAAGCAGCAGUACCUCCAACCUCAGCCUGAAGGCACUCCUACCGAGCUUCCAGAUGAAAUAGAGUCAGGACUGCCAGGUGAAGGGUUUUCUCGGCAGGGCAAAGGAAUUGACGGUGUUCAAUAUGCAGCUGUGGCGCAGAAAAUUGAAUAA